AUGGGCUUCAACUACGACUGCGGCGUCGGCCCCCAGUGCAGCACGACCGCGCAACUGGCGCUCAACUGGAUGCUGGUGCCGCGGCCCUUCGUCCCCAUCCCAUCCCCCAGCCCCUCGCCGCCCCCGCAGCCGCGGCCGGCCACGCUCUACCUGCAACACAAGACUCUGGUCCUCACCACGCCAGGCUUCACCAACAUCGAUUUUCUGGAGGCUAUAUUUAAAGGCUAUGGCUCCCCGUAUGACAUCGUGCGCUGGGACGUGCACAGUGUCAGCCCCCCAAAGCCCGACCUCAACGCGCUGCUGUAUAACGCCGACGGCUCAGCCCGCUACAGCUCUAUCUUCAUGCACCCCAAUCUGGAGGCCAUGAGCCUGAUGAACAUCACAGAAAUCAACAUCCUGUGGCAGUUCCAGAUCCGCUUCGGCGUCCGCACUGUCAAGGUUGGCGCGGGCAACCCUGAGCUCGGCUAUGACUACAGCGGGACGUGCGGCGGCGGGGCCGAGGCGAUGCUGUUCACCGCAGACGCGCCGCCGGGAAUCUCUGGCGUCAACGUGGCUGCCGCUCAGCCGAACUACAACGGGAUCUGGAGGUGCCCUGGCAAGCCAACCGCCAACGGGUGCCCCCUGCAGAGCGUUGUGGGGGCCAAUCCUUACAACCCCAACGCCAGUGCAACCCUGCCUGUCAAUUGCACGCCGACACCGAUGAUUAAAAACGCGGCCGGCUACACUUUAGCUACCCUCAUCAAGUACCAGGACGGCCGCGAGUCCAUGGGGUUCAUGCAUGAAUGCGCGGCCUGGAGCUCUACGUGCCUGCUGUUGGGCCACAUGGCGCUGUCCUGGGUGAACCAGGGCUUCACAGCCGGGGAGAGGGCCAACCUGAUCUCCGUACAGACCGACGACUUCUUCCUGUCGACCGACCAAGACGACACUGGCACUCAGUACCGCGUGAGCCCCUACGACCUGCAGCGUCACCUCCAAUGGCUCUCAGACCUCAAAUCAGGCGCAGUAGCCGGCAUCACGUUGGCCCCCAACUCAGACCUCAGGAUCGACCUGCCGUUCAACGGCAACGGCAUCCUCGAAAACUCCACCAAGCUCACCGAAAUCACCGUCGACGGUGAGUCGUGCACCACCUUCCCCGACUACGUGGCUCUGGGCUGCAACUGCUGGGCCACUGGCUACCAGGCGUGCCCCACCACCGCGCCGGUCUUCUGCCAGCACUGCACCAAGGACUGGCCGAAGCCGCUGGGCACUGGCACCAACAAAGUGACGUCGCUGCCCAACACAGGGCUCUGGACUCCUACGAACCUCAACCCAGACCCUCUCGCCGCAGCCGUGCUUGCAAACACAGGCGGCAUCACCACAGGCUUCCACUGGUGCCACCACACGUUCACGCACGAGAAUCUGGACAACGUCACAAAGUAUGACGCCGAUAAGCAGCUCUCCCUGAACAUCAGGAUGGCGGCCAACCUGUCCCUGUCUGGCAGGGACGUUUUCAGCCACUCCUGCAUGGUGACGCCCGAAAUCAGUGGCCUCAUGAACGGCGACGUGCUGACGGCGCUCGGCAACAACGGCAUAACGUGCUCUACCGGCGACAACACCUGGAGGCACCUCCUGAAUCAGAAUAACCCCCACCAGAUGCUCUACACCACCCUGGCGAGCAGCAACUUUGCUGGCUACGCUAUCCUGCCGCGCUGGGCGACAGAGAUAUACUACAACUGCAGCCUGCAGAGUCAGAACCUUGCCCUCUACAACGGCAUCUACUCCUCCCAGCUGGGCAUUUCCACGUUUGACCAACUCCUGAGCAGGGAGGCUGACCGCGUGUCCUACAACAUAUUGGCCCUCCGCAAAGACCCGCACAUGAUGCAUCAGGCCAACCUGAGGGUUGAAGGCGGCAGCCGCACAGACUUCACUGUUGGGUCUAGUCUCCUGAUGAAGUGGAUGGAGGCGGUGCUCAUAAGGGUCACCAACCUGGUGACGUGGCCUGUGAGGUCCCUUAAGCUGGACGACCUGAUGGCCGCGUUCAAGGCGCGCGAGGCGCGGGACGCCUGCCAGCCGUCGUACCGCCUGGAGGUGGACAGCGCCACGGGGGCGGUGCAGGCAGUGACCGUGACGAGCAACGGCGGCGCCUGCAAGGCUCCGUUCACUGUGGGCAGCACCGUGGCCGUCGGCCUCCCCGCGUCGGCCAAGGACGGGACGGACGUCACGGCGGCGAUCUACAGGGUGGAUCUGGCCGCGGGCGCGUCCACGCGGGUCGUGCUGUCAAAUGCGCAGACGUGGGUGCUGCCGCCGCUGUCGUGA